AUGUCUAAAGUACCCGAGCAGCUGCCUGAAAACCCCAUCACUGCAGUGGGAAUUGUUGCAUCAAUCAGCAAUGUCCCUGCUGACUAUUAUACUGUUGCACAAACAACAGAUGGCUGUGACGCCGACCUGUGGAAGGACGGCUUAUUCAAAUCCAAGGUCACCCGCUACCUCUGUUUCUCCAGAAAAACUGGCCCUGACGUCGUCGUGGGCUUGAAGCUGAUUGACAUGAAGGACGCGUUGCCAGAAUCCUUCACACCUCUGCAAGAAACAAUGGACACAAACGAAGCUGCCACGAGGAAGAGGAGGCUCUGUGUGAAAAUGAGCCCUCGCUGGGCUGCAGAGACAGCUGUAUAUGACAUCCAGAUCAUUGCAAAGACCAAGUACCAGCUUGUUAACUACACCUGUUUGGGUGAAAUAAACAACAUGGGGAUUUGGUAUCGGAUGGGAGAAGUUCGCCGGCCUAAGUUGACUCCAGCAAUACCCGACACACCGCAAAGUAACCCCCAACCCAGCGCCGCGAGAGUAAGGCAUGUCAGCAGGCCGGAGUACGAGCAACAGGGCAGUGGGAUCUACACCAUGACAGCUUUGGAUGAUGUGCCCUUUGUGAUCUCCGAGAGAUUUCAUGAAAAACCCAAAGAGAUGCAGCAAGUCAAUUUAAUGGGCAUUACGAUCAAAUCCCCGGCAGAGAUCGAGGAGGAAGUGAGUAGAGGCUGCAACGCUCGGCUGCCGCUGACGCCGCUGGCCCAGAAUGCAAAGCAAACGGUCUUGGGGUUGUAAUUAAGUGUCUGAGACAGCGAGGCCCUCUUGGCUCCACUAAGCCCCAAUUGAAUAAAAGCAUGGCCAAGCUAGGCAGCCUUUCUCUCUUAAAAGCUUCGUCU